GUAGUCUCUCGAGUCCAACAGAUCGUUUUGGCUGCACAGCAGCGGCGGUGUAUACUCUCAGUUACAGCUCUGCUCGGUAUAGGCGUAUACUUUCGAACACGUUUGAAUUAACGGUCGUUGCUUGUUGUUGGGGUACUUAGACGUACAUACAUAUACAUACACCAGCCGGAAGACAUGGCGCUCACCGUUGCCGUUAUCAGCCCUCUCAUCCUGCUGGCCCUGUGCCAUACAACCAUGUCAAUUACUGUGCAAGAGUUUUUUCCGGAAGUUAAGAACAACUUAACAAUGCUAAGCUGGGCUCACAGGACUAACAACAAAACUGCACUGAUGAACGCUCUCAACUCAAAUUCGACCCACAUGAUUGAAGCCGAUGUAAUCAUGGGAACCAUGGGUAACAGCAACAACACGCUUCCAAUAAUGGGACAUCCACCAGCUAAUACAAGUGACCUGAGCUUACAACAGUUUCUUAAAGACGUCCUGGCCAACAAAAAGAAGGGCGUAAAACUUGACUUUAAAAGUAUUGAAGCCUUGCAGCAUAGUAUUAAAAUCCUUCAGGCCACAGCUGACCUAGAUAAAAUCCCAGUGUGGCUGAACGGAGACAUCCUCAAAGGGCCAAUGAAUGCUGCUCCACCACUUGACGCGGCUACAUUCCUCGCAGAAGCUGCCAAGCUACCCAAGACUGUUUUGUCGGUUGGCUGGACUACCAAUGUGACACAUCUCUCGGCGAAUACGACAGCUAACUACACAUCUGAGCAGAUAAAUGAAAUGUUGAAACUGGUAACCAGUCGAAAGAACACCAACCAGUCGAUAACUUACCCCGUGCGUGCAAUCUUCGCUGCUAACGACAAAGAUGGCUUCAAGCGACUGCUGAACAACACCGCCAUGCACACCCUAACCAUCUGGUCGUUAGAGGGAGAUGUGGUAAAUGCCACCCUUCUUUCCAAGGUGAUCAAAAAUAUCGGACUUGACAAGGUCUACCUCGACGUGCCAGCCACUCUUUACCAAAAGCUUGACCUUUCUAACUCAGCGCCUGCUGCCAAAAACUCGUUAAUCAUUCUGUUGGCAGCAAUGAUCACCACCUUCUUCAGCUCUAGGUUUUUGUGAAUUCCAGGCUUGUCGGAUUGCAAGUGAAUUUUAAAAAUGAAAGUAAGAGCAAAAGAAUGCAAGAAAAGGAAGUAGGAAAAAUCGAGGAACGAAAAAUUAUGAUUAAAGUGAAAAAGAAAAAAAAAUGUGAACGAAGCGUUGGUUUCGAAUAUUUGCACAAAGCAAUGUGGAUAUUUUUAGUAUUUUUGUCAAAUGUAUGGAUGGAUCACAGUUAUUUAGCUGCUGGUCUUGAUCCGCGUGACUUAAAAGAAGCUUUUGUUUGUGUGGUUAAAAGUAUAAUUAUUUCAUUCCCUGUGGGAAUCAAAGCUCGAAACCGUAUAUUGAGACGAAGUUUAAGAUUAACAGAUGAGUACACCACAUGUUAGUACAGUAUUAGUUGUGUUCAAUUUGAGAACUGGGUUUAACUCCAUUGUUACACAGCUAUCAAAGUGUACAUCUAUAUUUUUAGUUGGAUCAUAGAUAUGGAUAUACAAUUAUGUGGGUUCAACCCGAUUUGUAAAUUAAACACACCUAUUGGAUAUUCCUAUUUGCAUUGUGUCUCUUGUAUUAGCCGAAGUUCGUUCUCUUUCUUGCAUCAGGUACGAAAAAAAAAGUCUUUAAUAAAUUAUAAUGUAAAGUGUCAAUUGCUUUUGUGAAUUUGAUUGUCUAAGUUAAUCAAUAAAAAGAUAUAAAAGAAAGCAUAAAA